AUGCCUCCCACCGUCAUCCUCAUCCGCCACACACAAGUACUGAUGCUUCGUAUACAGGACUACGCCCUACAUGACCCUCUUAUCACGGAGGAGGGCGUAGAACAAUGUGGCAAGCUCAGGGAAAGCUUGAAAGAGAGGCUUAAUGGGAUCCCUGAGAGCGACAUCGCCAUCGUCGUGAGCCCGAUGAGGAGAACGAUCCAGACAGCCCUCUACUCGCUUGACUUUUUAAUAGAGAAGAAGGUUCCCAUAACAGCAGAUGCCGCAUGGCAGGAAACCACCUCCAAGCCCUGCGACAUCGGGAGCCCCAUCCCCGAACUCACCAAAGAAUACCCCAUGAUCGACUUCUCCCCCGUCGACCCCGUCUACCCAGACAAGCUCACCCCCGCCGGCGCCAAGUACUUCCCCUUCAAAUCUGCCCUCCUCGCCCGCGGCCGCGCCUGCGUCCGCUCCCUCUACCGCCGGCCCGAGAAGUACGUCAUCGUCGUCUCCCACUCAGGGUUCCUCCGCACUUCCGUAUCCGGCUGGUGGUUCUUCAACGGCGACUACCGCAUCUUUGAUUUCGCUGACGGGAACGGCGCCGAUGUGGAGGAUGAUUGGGCUGAUGGGCCCGUGCCGAGGUUGGUUCAGUGGGAGGCUACUUUGAGUGGGGGGUUGGGUUGGUCGUGGACGGAUCCGGUGCCGCUUGGUGAGGGACUUCUCGAGGAAGGAGAGCAGCUACCGCCCAAGGCAUAG